GAGCUCUUCUGGGCUCUGAAAGCUCGAGCUGGUCAGGCGGAAGAGCACUGGGCCGGUGUUGCUUUGCAAGAGCUCCUGCGAGACAUUCCCAGUGAAAGGGAGCUGGGGCUCUUGAGGCAGCACUCCUGGGUCCGAGAUAUGGAGCGGGGGAACUACGAGAGCUGCAGGGUCGAGCCUUGGGGAGACUCGCGCAAGUUCCCGCUGGCAGUCUGGCCGCCCUACCGAUCCUGCCUGGGCAUGGAGGGUUUGCCCAAGAAGACCGAUAGCAAAUCGGCUCCGAUCGUGGUUCGGUGCCGCUUCCACGACGAGGCUGUGAGCACUUCCAGUCCUGCCCCGAGCCCGGCCCGUGGCCCUCGACCUUCUGCAGCCUCCUCGAUCCGACCCUCCAGCAAGGAGGUCUCGGAACGCCGGAAGUCCUCGGGCGUGCUACUGAAGCGGGAUGUUGGUAUGCACCGGGAGCAGCAGGUAGGCCAGACACUUCGACUGCUGGAGACCUUGAUUUGGGAGGACCCGGAGCUCCAUGUCUUGCUCCGAAAGAGCGGCCUUGUCUUCGAAGACGUACGGGCCACCUACACCAUCGUCAUGACGGGGCAUGGCACUGCUAUGCUCGAGCAUCCAGCCUGUUAA